AUGAACCACCAUUCACCCCGACCCCCCUCGUCCACCACCGCCACCACCUCUCCCGCCCGUCCUAAACCCGGCGGUCGCGUCCUAGGGCGACCGAUUCCAAAUCGCACAGUUCUUUCACCGGCUCUCGCUCACCGACCCGGCUUAGCUGUUUCUCCUUCCGAGAGUUCCGCUUCAUACGCUUCGCAAAGCUCCUUUGGUAUUAUUUCUGGAGUCGGGGGUCACGGCAGUGGGCACCGGCGGCAGGAUAGUGCGACUGCGAGUGGGUAUUCUACACCUGUUGGAAAUGGUACGGGAAAUGGACUUGCUGUUGGAGGUGGUGGGAUUGGACGAUAUGGUGGGGAGACGGAGAGUCCGGGGAGGAUGAUAUGUCCUAUCUGUGAGACGGAUAUGGUCACCCUCCUCCAACUCAACCGCCACUUAGACGAAGAACACAAGGAAGUCGAGGAAGUCGAGAAGGACGAUAUAUCAUCAUGGUUCCAGAAGAACCUACUAAAAGCAAAACAAUUCCAGCCUGUAGCACUGAUCAAUCAGAAGCUAAAGGGCCUUGAUGUUUUCGAAUCGAAUGAUAACUUCCACCCGACGAUACAAUCACCGACCCCGGCACCUAGUAUUGCCUCGACUGCGUCUAUUACAAGUAUCGCCACAAUUACUCCUCCUGUUGUAAAGCAGGAAAGAGACCCGGAAGAAUUCGUAACGAGGCAAAAUUGGCAGAAAGCAGGACAUAGGGAUCUAUGCACAGAGCCUGCUUGUGGGAAGUUGCUGGGUAAUAGCAAUGGCAUCGUGAACUGUCGGUAUAAUCAACCCUCUCCCGUCCAAACUUUCGAAAUUUCUGGACUUUUAUGUCAAUUUGUAUCGUGA